AUGAUUAUCCGCAAGUUGACUGCUUUCCUUCUGGCUAUUUGCGUAGUUGCGCUCAUCGUGGCGCUGUGUCUGCGUGACUGGGAAUGUGGAAACCUAUUUGAGGGCUGUACAGAUGAGGGAGCUCCACAGCGCGAUGCUAUGCUCUCCGUUGUCUCGAUGCUUGUAAUCGGUCUCGUCUUCGUCUUCCUUGUUUUCGUCAUCGACGUGGUGAUGCUGUGCAAGAGGGUUGUGCCGUCAGGCCUGAUUACCGCGCGGUUUGUCUUCAUUUACCUCGGAGCUGCUCUCGUCUUCAUCGCCGUCAUCGUCUACACGGCUAUGCGCACCUCCAUGUGGGGCUACUUCCUCUCUGUCGUUGCUGCAACCAUCUCCAUGGUCAUCGCUAUGAUGGCCGUUGCCUCGUCGCGAUGCGUGUCGAAGACGGAAAGGGUUGUCCAACACCCCAACUAG